AUGAACCUGCCCCUCAUCGGAAACGGACCCGGUUACAAGAACGGAGAGGCAAUCGCCUUACCGAUCCUUCCGACAUUCAACAAAAAACUCGCUUCUGGUCGUACCUCUGUCCCGGCAUCGCCCACAACCGCAACCGACGCCAAUGGGAGCACAAGUAGGCCCUUGCUUGCAGAGGCGGCUCUGAUCCCUUCCUCAUUGCACCCCAACGACAAUCAGCACCCUGAUGCCAUUUCAACCGCAGGAACAACCGUUGCCCCCGCCGUCACCAACGGAGGUCUUCACACUCCCGCCACAGCAACGUCGACCUGCUCGGGGGUUGCUGGACAGGACAAUCUCCGUGGAGGUGCGGAUGCCGGUAUCCUGGUCUUUUCUGGAGGCACUGCCUGUAACUCGCUGGUGCAGCUCUUGCAGAACAUGACUCCCAAUGUCACCUACGUCUUGGGUAUCUCGGACAAUGGCGGGUCAACAAGCGAGAUUCUACGAGUUCUUGACGGACCAGCCAUUGGCGAUAUCCGCUCGAGACUCAUUCGUCUGAUCAAGCCAGAUCCCUUAGAUAUUGGCCGUACUGCUAUCCAGGAGCUCCUGGGCUAUCGUCUUCCGGGACAUGGAGACGAGCAUGCCAUCAAGAAUGAAUGGGUUGAGAUUGUCGAAGGCAGUCAUCGACUAUGGAUGCAUAUCCCCUCGGAAAAGAAGGAGGUCAUUCGAGGGUUCCUUAUCUAUAUCCAGUCCGAGAUCCUCAAGCGCUCGCACAAGCGGUUCUCAUUCGCCAACGGGUCUAUUGGCAACUUUUUCUUGACAGGAGCUCGCAUGUUCUUUGGAUCGCUUGAGUCGGCCAUCUUCCUCUUUGCGGCUAUCACAGGAAUCACGGAACCCACUCGGGUCAUCCCCGUCAUCAACACCAACCAUGGUAUCGCCAUCGCUGCGCUCUUGAAGAACGGGCAUACCAUCCUGGGACAGUGCGCCAUCUCGCACCCCUCUCUUGCGGCCUCGGGGGAUUCGUUCAGUGGUGGCCAUGUCCGACCUGGUGUGGCCUCUGCAUCCACUACGCCGGACGGCUCAAAAACACCGGAUCUGGCGACCAUGUUGUCGUCAUCUCAGCAGCAGGAGGAUAGCUUUUCGACACUCAAGCUUACACAGAACAACAUCCAUUUCGACAAGAGUCCUACACUUUCGAGCUCGCUGGUGUCGAGGAUCACGCGCCUGUAUUACAUCAACGAAUACGGACAGGAGAUCUUCCCACCACCCAACCCAAAACUGCUCUACUCGCUGGCCGAGAUGGAGACGCUAAUCUAUUCUAUUGGAUCGCUUUACACCUCGAUUAUCCCCUGUCUCAUCCUCAAGGAUGUUGGUCGGGGUAUUGCCGAGUCGCGGUCGCUCAAGAACAAGAUCUUUAUGUUGAACGGAACCAACGACAGGGAGACACCUGACUACACGGCUUUGGACUUCAUUUGGGCGCUUUCAGGAGCCCUCAACUCGUCCCUCAAGUUGUCGGGACAGUUCUGGCCCAAAGAGUAUCGUCCGGCUAAGUAUAUUACUCACUUGAUCUAUCUGGAUAACUCGGAGGUUCAGGUUGAUACUUGGGGGAUUGAAAAGUUGGGUAUCGAGUGUGUGCCGGUCAUUGGCAAACGGGACCCGUCGUCAGGUCGACCUAUUUAUGACGAGAAGCAUCUUAACAAGUCGAUUGAUGCGAUCUUGGAUGGCACCUGGACGUCGUCGAUCAACUUUUCGUCCUCCUCCACGACUGCCAACUCUACAAGGACUUCUACCCCGAUCCCCAUUCCUGCGGUGUCUUCAGCCGUUUCUUCUGCCAAGAGCGGUGCGGAUGAUAGCUGUACGCCUAAACCGGCUUUGGCUUCGUCUGCCUUUGCUAGUCAGAAGAUUGGCUCUUAG